UCGACGUCGUCGUCGGCGUCGGCGUCAUGCCGGGGGCGUCGCACCAUCGUCGUCGGCAGCGAGCGUCUCGACCGAGCAUCGCUUCGUCUCGCCAGGCUAGUAUCAAGCCGGGAGCCGUCGAGAGGGUCGAUCCAUCUCCGGGAAACGGUCUACUGAUCGCGACCAGCAACUACGACAAGGAACAGUGAAUGGGAUUUUACGUUCGCGCGCGUUGUUCCGACGUGUACGUUCGAUUUCGCUGAAGCUUCCGGGCAAGAGAAAGAGCGAACGCGCACAAGAGAGAGAGAGAGAGAGAGAGAGAGAGAGAGAGGGAGAGGGAGAGAGAAGGAAAAAUGGAGCGCGCGGCCGGAUCGAUCGCGAUACGAACGGAUGGCUGACUCGAGAGUGAACCGCGAGCAAGUAGCGUAGUCGUCUGACUCGACCCGACGUGCAGGAUCCGUGCUGUGUUCCGUCGGCGCCAUUGAAACGCCACCACGAGCUCGUCACGGGGAAAACGGCGACGUCGCGAACGGGGCCGAGUGAUCAUCCCCCGGCAUCUCUCGCGAUUCUGCGUCGCGGACAGCGGAGAGGGAGGGACAGAGCCUGGUGUGUGGUGAAAGUGCUCAUCGCGUGAUUAGGUCGAGGUCGUGUCGCUCGUCGCAGGGACCCGCUCUCUCUCCAUUCCGGUUGACCUUCGGUGCCGGGGAUGAAGCGCGUAAUCAGGUGACGUUCCACGCGAUUCGGAUUGACUUGCUCGAGCCAUUCCGCGAGCAAUUCCGAGACGUGUAUCCCGCCGAAAGAGCCGCGGUGAAAGUGUGUCAUCCAACGCGAAGCGUUACGAGGCGAUUCUCGAGGUUUAGAUCGCGACUUAGGCAUCCUCGACGCCAAGUCUCGAUAUCUCGACAUCGUGACAGUCGUCCUCUACAGUGUUAUGCGCAACCUAUUUAAGGAUUCUUUAAGAUACGGAAGCUCGGAGAAACAGCAAGAAAGUCGUAUCAACGAUCUUUUGAAAAUUAUUGAAUUUUCCAUAUCCUUAUCUUCUCGAUAGAGAUUGCCCAGAUUCUAAAUUCACAAAUGCGCAAUUAAAAGACUCUCAGUAAAUAAUGUAUAUAUGUACUUUGUUUUGUCAUUGAUUUCUGAAAAGUUAACUUCUUUACUCCUUGUGCUUCAAUGUUACUGACAGUGACAUUCUACCAGUGGAAUGAGUCAGAAGAAAUAACUGAUCAUCUUUUAAAAAAAUCAGAAUCUUGGAGGAAACGAGAAAAGGCAUUAGAUGUCUUGUGACGGAUUGUAAAGAAAAAAAGUCACGUUCUGUGAGACAUCUGAGCAAAACGUCGAUACUUCUUCUGCUUCAUCGAACACACUUUAGUGACUGUGAUCGAUAUUGAUUGAUUUUCCGUAAAAAUAUAAUGCUGGUACUAAGAGAUUGAACUCUUACCGUAAUUGAACGGUGUAUUAAGUAUUAAAUUAACUGAUGGUCUUCGGAGAGGAAAAUACGUCAUUCUCUAGUCUCAAUCUCCGGUUUAAAUUGUACAUAUAAUAAACGUGAUUAAAGCGCUUAUUCCUCGAGAAGCUUUUCGUUGGUCAAUCGAUUGGUGCACAUUAUACGCGCGUUAAAGAGACACAAAUAUUGUGAAUUCUUUCAUUGCAUUUUCAGUGGUUUUAGAGUGAACUCGGGAGGUAAUUUACGAAUCUUGAUGCGUCCAAAUAACAGACUGAACUUGAAAUUGAAGACAUAUCCAGAAAUAUCGACUUUUAUGAAAAUAAUGAAAUUUCAUUCUAACUGAAAUAAUUCUAUUUGAGAUAAGAUUUAACAAAGGGUAUCAUUUUACUAAUAAUUACUAUCAAAGUUUUCAUAAGUAUUUAUCGUUGUAACUUUCUCAAAAGGGGGAAUCUUAAUAUUGAAUAACGAAGAUAAAUAGCAAUUUGGAACGAACGUGUCCGAUCACUAUCAAGUUCAUUAAUUUUUCGAGACGAUAUUGGAAACGACUUUCCCGCUCGACAAAAGUUUGUUCAGAAGAGAGCUCACGAGAACUCGAGAAACAGUUAAUCGAAGGCACUUUAAGGAUAAUUUACACAGAAAAAAAAAAGAGAAAAAGAGAGAGAUAUAGACGAGAGUACGCACGAGCAGCGCGUACGAUCACAAAAUCGCAUAUCACACCCAACCCACGCACGAUUCGCGCGUGCGUGCUCACGUGCUCACGGAUGCAACCGGGUGGUGCAACGUGGCCAGCAUCACGCACCCACGCUUCGGGCGCCCACGCGAGAUGCGUAUGAGCGCGUGACGUCCUUCGUCACACGAGAACGGCCCGAUUGAGCGAAUGAACAGAAUCUAGCGGGAGAUCCAGUCCAAGAGUGAAUCAUGCGUCCCACGCUUUUGCCGGCGCCGCUUCUACUGGCGGUGCUGCUCGCCUGCCAGGUAGCCCGCUGUUUCCUGCUGGAGGGUUCCGCGACGAGCUACGCACAAUUUCGCAAAUGGAAUGCCGGCCUGAACGGCACCCUCGAGUUCGAGUUCAAGACCGAGCAGGGUAACGGGCUGCUACUCUACACGGACGACGGCGGCACUUACGACUUCUUCGAGGUCAAACUGGUCGAGAGCGCUCUCAGACUGAGGUACAAUCUUGGCGGCGGGGCGCAGAUUGUCACGGUUGGCCACGACCUCGGCGACGGCCAUUGGCACAAGGUACAGAUCACUAGGUGCAACGAGAACACUACCCUAACUGUGGACGGUGUCGGCGCGGUCUCGACGUCGCGCGGCAAGGAGUUCGAGUUCGGCAAGCUCGCCGGGAACUCGGACGUCUACGUGGGCGGUAUGCCUAGCUGGUACAACAGCAAGCUGACGCUGUUGGCGCUGCCCAGCGUAAUAUUCGAGCCAAGAUUCAAUGGAUUUAUUAGGAAUCUCGUGUAUGCCGACGGGGAGAAUACUGUGCCCAGAAGGCAGGAGAUGAAGAGUCGGGAUGUCAAGUGCGGUGGCUUUCCCUGUGUCGAGAGCGCCAAUAAACGCAAGUCGCCGAGGAGUUUACGCAAUAUGGCGAAUACGACAGAUGCCUGUGAAACUCGCGAUCCGUGUCAGCACGGUGGCAUUUGCAUUUCUACAGACAGUGGACCGAUCUGUGAGUGUCGCACCGGCGAUUAUGAAGGCGCAUAUUGCGAGAAAGAGACAUGGAGCACGAUGCUGCCCACGGCGGGUGCUGACGAUUACUGGGCUUGGGAUUACAACAAAGCUCCCUCGGAAGCAUUCUUCAGAGGGACUGAGUAUCUCACGAUAGAUUUGAGCAAAGGAGAACCAGUACUCAGUACACAAGAAUCCAUAAGCCUCCAGUUCAAAACGAGAGCAGCAAAUGGACUUCUAUUUUAUUCCGGAGAGGGCGAUGAUUAUCUCACUAUAUCACUGAGAGACGGAGGCGCCGCAGUCAGUAUGAGCCUAGCCAAAGGAAGAUUGGAUUUGCACAUAAAGCCGGUCAAGUUGCGAUUCGAUGAUCGUCAAUGGCACAAAAUCGUCGUCCAUCGGAAGGUCCAAGAGAUCUCUUCAAUAACCAGCUUUUGCAGGCUCUCUGCUAUUGUUGAUGGGGUUUACGCUGAGCAUGGUCAUACUGCGGGAUCGUUCACACAUUUGGCCAGCGAUCGACUUCUCGUCGGUGGAGGAGCUGAUGCGAGGUCCUUGCAGGGCGCCAAAGGGAUCAUCAACUUUGUUGGGUGUCUGAGAAAGGUGGAGUUUGCUGCAGAAAGAAUCAGAAUGGAACUGAUCGAAGCGGCUAAAAGCGGAGCGGCGGGUGUUGCGGCUUGGGGAAAAAUGGAUUUUUUCUGUCGUGAACCCAGAACAGCAGAUCCAAUUACAUUUACCACUAGGGACUCGCAUCUCAAGGCCGGAUCAACAGUAAACAGGCGACUCCACGGCGCUUUGGUCACCUUCACCAGCCCAGAGUCCCACCUGGUUCUGCCACCCUGGAAAGCUGCCAAGACCGGGACUAUAUCCUUCAAAAUUCGUACGAACGAGCCCAAUGGAUUGAUCAUGUACAGUCGCAGCGGAGCACAAACGAGAGAAGAUCUGUUUGCAUUCGAGAUUCUUGGUGGAUAUCUUUAUACGCAUGCCGAUCUCGGGAGCGGCUCCGUUAAAGUAAAAUCGUCAAAGACACGCGUAGAUGAUGGCACCUGGCACGACGUUGUCCUGAGGAGAGUCGAGAGAGAAAUUCGAGUCACUGUCGACAACAACAUAGUCGAGUUUCGUACGCCAGGAGAUUCCACGCAAUUAGACUUGGAUGGCUUAUUAUAUAUCGGUGGUGUGGGCGCACCUUUUGCGCCUUUAACUGUUCCACCUGUUUUGUGGACGGGCGCCCUUCGACAAGGCUACGUGGGAUGCAUGAGAGAUCUCGUCAUUAAUGGAAAUCCAAUAGACAUCGCGGGAUAUGCGCAGCAACAAGAUUCGGGUGCAGUAAGACCCGCAUGUCACAUGCAAGCCCCGCAUUGUUCUUCGAAUCCGUGUAUGCAUCGUAGCGUUUGCCUUGAAGGGUGGAAUCGAUUUCACUGCGAUUGCACUAACACAUCUUUCACAGGACCUACCUGUGGCAAAGAUGCGUCAACAUUGCAUCUGAAUGGUACGCAACAAAUGACGGCGUUGAUGCCAGAGGACUCCAGAACACAGGCGGAAGAAAUUGUCGUGCGAUUCAAAACGACGAGACCGCGCGGCCUUCUAUUAGCGACUAGCUUUGAGAACAGCGCUGAUCGCUUGCAGAUUUACCUAGAAGAGGGCAAGGCACAUAUGUUGAUUCACAUCGGAGACCGAGAAAAGUUAUUGACAACUGGGCAAGGUCUUAAUGAUGACUUGUGGCAUACAUUAAAAUUCUCCAGACGAUUCAAUUUGCUCAAAUUCCAGAUCGACGAUGAUACAGCAAUACGAGCGGAAGCGCAGCUGGGAAAGCAGGGCAUCUUGGAAUUUCGAACGCUCCACGUAGGCGGAUAUCUUCACGCAGGCGAGGACAUACCACAUUUCGUGGGCCAGCUGCAACAGAUCUGGUUCAACGGAUAUCCAUACCUGGAGAUUGCGCGCAGCGCUGGAAGCCAUCAAACCUCACAUCAGGGUGUCGCGCCUAUUAUUCGAGUCACCGGCAAGUUUGGGAAAAGAAAUCAUCCGGUUCACCAUCCGGUCACCUUCACCUCCAAGCACACUUUCGUAGGACUUCCGGUACUCAAAGCGUACUUGGAGACCAACAUUUAUUUCCAGUUCAAAACGCGCGAAGCGAACGGCUUGAUCCUUUAUAAUGCCGGAAGAGAGCAUGAUUUCAUUGCGGUCGAGCUGGUAAACGGACACGUACACUACGUGUUUGACCUAGGCGACGGAGCUGUCAGGGUCAGGGACACUUCAAAAUCCAAGUUGAACGAUGGCAAAUGGCAUGCCGUCAGUAUUGGCAGACCUGCUGCAAAGAGGCACACACUCUCUGUGGACGAUCACGUGACCGCUGUCAACAGCCAAGGUAGCAACGAGAAUCUUGAUCUCGAUGGCAUUUUGUAUAUAGGUGGAGUGGAGAAGGCGCAAUAUGGCCAAUUACCAAAACAGAUUCUCAGCCGUCACGGAUUCGAGGGGUGUCUGGCGUCGUUGGAUCUCAGCGGGGAAAGUACCGACCUCAUUACCGAUGCCGUCGUGCCGAGUUCUCUCGUCACAUCCGGAUGCGACAUUUACACCAACAUACAUCCGGGCAAGAAGUGCACUCAUGAUCUCUGUGCCAAUCAUGGAACAUGCGUGCAACAGUGGAAUAGCUACACAUGUGACUGCGACAUGACGAGUUUUACCGGGCCGACUUGUAACGAUGAAGCUAUCGCUUACGAAUUCGGAGCAGGAAGAGGAAUUAUCACGUAUACCUUUCCGCCUGAUCGUCGACCGGAAAUGAAAAGAGAUACUGUGGCCUUGGGUUUCGUUACCAGCGUUAAUGACGCUGUAUUGCUUAGAAUAGAAUCUGCGUCGAGUAACGAUUAUCUCGAAAUCGAAAUUGUGGAAGGUAACGUUUUUGCGGUUUAUAAUAUGGGCACCAACGAUCAUCCAAUAGGCGAAGUUGGCGUGAAAGUUAACGACAACCAAUAUCACGUGGUUAGAUUUACCAGAACUGGGCCGAACAGCACAUUACAAGUCGAUGACUACAAUUUGCAAUCUAAUCAUCCAUCGGGUCAUCAGCUGACAGUGUUCAACAGCCAGUCUACUAUUCAGGUAGGCGGUCGAUGGAAUCGUAGCAAGGGCAGAGUGGAACGACCCUUCCUCGGCGUGAUAGCCGGACUGGUCGUCAAUGGUGCCAGAAUUUUAGAACUGGCAGCUGCUAAAGACGGUAAAGUUGCAACUAGAGGAGAUGUGCAGCUUCUGCCAGCAGGAAGUCUCCUGGAUCGCGCCCCGCCCUUACAAAGAAUGCAACAGACACCGGCGUCCGGGUUUCCCGGCGUCAUGGACGACCUCAUUUUCUCCGGCGCCGGAAGUGGCUGCGCCGGCGAUGACGAGGACGAGGAGUGCACUCCGAUCUACGAGUCAGGCUCCGAUGACAUCAUCACGCCAGUAUACGUGGCGCCUACACGAUUGCCGACGACAUUGAGGCCGACAAAGCACAAAGAAAAUAUUCAAGAGCGUCCAACCUGUGACGACGAGGAAGAUUGCGAAGAGGGCUCUGGCGAUUCUAGAACGACAGAAGAAAUUUUUGUCACCUCGGCCACCGAUAUCAGCUCGGUGACCCCCGCCCAAUACACCGUGUCACCCACAGCCCUCGAGCCCAGCCAUAGCAGCAGCGUCGUAACGCAUCGAUCGACAACCGUGACAACGCAUACGACCACGACGGAAAUGACGGAGCCACCACCGCCACCUCCACCGCCGGUGUAUCCACCGAUGCCCACUCCGCCCAAGAACAACAACAAUAAGCGGAUUACAUCCGAGGCGGCAGAGAAUGCCGCGCUUAUAAUCGGCAUUAUAGCCGCCGCGUUGAUAGCGAUAGUCUUGAUCAUAUUGAUAAUCCUCAAGUUUAAGAAUCGGCCGGAAACGAGUUAUAAGGUGGAUGAAACAAAGACAUUCUGCCAGGAUCCAAACGCGGCUCUGUUAGGCGCCGCUGGUUCCGGCCAGCCCUUCAAUGGCGCCCUGAAAAACGGCGCCAAUGGCAGCAAAAGCAACAAGAAACGAGAACUAAUAGACAUUAAAGAGUGGUACGUGUAAAGGGGGGUAUCCACAUACUGGGCAGAACAUUGCCUUGUGUUUGAGAUUUGUGUAUAAGGAGUAUGGCCAAGGACUUGGCCAAAGUAUGUGCACGUCAUCUUUCGUCGCUGGAAAGGAUCGAGAAUUGAAUGAAGCAGAGGAGAGUAAACGAACACACAGUCUCUUAUGAGUCUCGCACAGGUGUACAAAGAAAAUGUACUCGCUGAUCAGAGCAUUCUCAUAGAAGAUCCUUGUCUGCUAAGUAUUAAACGGGUCUGAUCCAAUGUACUGAGACUCCAAAGAUCUAUCUCAAUACAACAUGAAAAAUAUCGAGUAUUCGCUGAGAGAGUUGCAAUGAACAAUAUUCAUGAGGGUGCCUCUGAUCAAUAGUGAAUACGACAUAGUUGCGCGUGCGAAAACGAUCUUUCCAUUACGACUGAUGAAGAAGGGCACGUUUAGAAAAUUCUCGUAAUAGCUUACGGGAAAAACGGUGUAAUAAAAGAUAGCAGUUAAAUAAAAAUCCUUUUGCAAAAUCUUCUGUGCGAAAAGGAUCGAAAUGCACGAAAGACGAUCAGCGAUCUUAUCCUUGAUAAAGUACAUUUUCUAAGAACUUUAAGAUCGGGAUUAAUGGGUCGUAUAUCUAGGUGGAAAAACUCUUUGAGGAAAAUAUGAUGAGACUAUGGUACCGUGGAAAUGAAAUUUCUCUUUAAUUCUAAGGCGAAUUGAAAUGAAAUCGAUCGCACUUAGGAAGGUCCGUCGAACUGCUCGCUCUCGCAAAGAGAGCCGCGAGGUACCGAUCAACGAUCUAGCGCUAAUCCUCUUGUUUCCUUGACGCGAAAUCUCGAGACAAAAUUUAAACAUGUGGCAGGAAUCAAGCAUCGAUUGCAAACAUUUUAAAAGAAUUUUUCUUCCUAUUCAUUUGUUGUGAAUUUUUUGAAGUUACGUUUUUAUAAAUAACACUUGCUGGCGCUGCUCGAUUUUUUGCUAUAAUAAUGGCAAAUUGAUUUGUCGAUUUCGAAACGAAAAGUUAAGGCUUUUCUGCAUUGAUUUAAAAUGAUUUUUCCACGAGGAACGAAGAGGAAAAACGAAGACACAAAGAUGGUGGAAUCAUCGUAGGAAAUUAAAAAGAAAGAAAAUGUUGAAGGUGAUAUUAGCAGUGACUGAUUCGGAUGAAUCUUAGGAAGCAACUUGCACUGACAUAGGCAGGCUAUUUUUAUUGUUUUACAAAUUUUACUUCCAACAUCCUCUCAGUGAACGCGACUUAAAUCAUUCUCAAGUAUGUGUGAAUAUAUUAGUUUUGAAUUUAUGUACAAUCUUUACUUUAUAGAGCUAAAUUAUUUAUUAAAAGCUAGAUGAUAAAAUGUC